UGCAGUAACGUUGUCUCUCUCACUUUUUGUCCAAAAGCGAUGUUAGCUCAAAGUGAUGAAAGUGAGAAGGAAAAUAGGUUAGGAUUAGGCUAAUGCAAAUGCAAAGAGUAGCGUUCUCCCUUCGUGUUCCCUGUUCUCACUCUGUUCUCAGCAUGAGAGCCAUCCCUGUCUCCAAGUUGAAAUGCAAAGCACUGCAACCAUUUUCACGUCCUUGCUCUCACAUGCCCAACGUGGCAGAAUCACCACCCUCCACUCUGGUCCAACAGUUCACCAAAUUCUGCUACCAGAGAGACCUCCCGAGAGCCAUGAUAGCCAUGGAAGCCAUGCAAAGGCGCGGACUUUGGGCCGACUCCGUCGUCUACUCCGAGCUCGUCAAGUGCUGCUUGGCUCGGCGAGCUGUUCAGCAGGGUAAGCUCGUCCACAAACACGUUUUCUCAAAUGGGUACCAGCCCAAGACCUUCUUAAUCAACGUUUUCAUCAACAUGUACGUUAAAUUUGCUCUCUUGGAGGAAGCGCAGGAACUGUUCGACGAAAUGCCUGAGCGAAACGUUGUUUCCUGGACGACUAUGAUAUCGGCAUACUCGAAUGUCAAAUUCAACCGCAAGGCCUUGGAGUUUUUGGUUUUGAUGCUUAGAGAAGGUGUUUCGCCUAACCGUUUCACGUAUUCUUCGGUUUUGAGAGCUUGCAAUGGGUUGUCAAAUCUCAAGCAGCUUCAUUGUUGUAUUUUUAAAGCUGGGUUGGAAUCUGACGUCUUUGUUCGGAGUGCUCUCAUUGACGUUUACUCGAAAUUGGGUGAGUUGCAUAAUGCGCGGGGCGUUUUCAAUGAAAUGGUGUCCGGAGAUUUGGUCGUUUGGAACUCUAUCAUUGGAGCGUUUGCUCAGAACAGCGAUGGUGAUGAGGCUCUGAACCUUUUCAAGAGGAUGAAAAGGGCUGGUUUUUCAGCUGAAGAGGCCACGCUAACGAGCGUUUUGAGAGCUUGCACGGUGUUGGUGCUUUUAGAAUUGGGAAGGCAGGUUCAUGUUCAUGCUGUGAAGUAUGGUCAAGAUCUAAUUCUGAACAAUGCACUUCUAGAUAUGUAUUGCAAGUGUGGGAGUUUGGAAGAUGCAAACACUGUUUUUACCAGGAUGGAGAAGAAGGAUGUAAUCUCUUGGAGCACCAUGAUUGCAGGGCUAGCGCAAAAUGGUUUCAGCCAAGAGGCCCUGAGAUUGUUCGAGCAGAUGAAAGUUUCCGGGGUGAAACCAAAUUACAUCACACUUCUUGGGGUUCUGUUUGCUUGUAGUCAUGCUGGGCUUUUAGAAGAUGGGUGGUACUACUUCCAGAAUAUGAAGCAGCUUUUUGGAAUUGAUCCUGGAAGAGAGCACUAUGGUUGCGUAAUUGAUCUUCUUGGAAGGGCAGGGAAACUUGAUGAGGCAGCAAGGCUAAUACAAGAAAUGGAAGGUGAACCAGAUGCAGUGACAUGGAGGACGUUGCUUGGCGCCUGCAGGGUUCACCGGAAUGUAGAUCUAGCAGCAUAUGCUGCCAAGCAAAUUCUUAAAACGGACCCUGAUGAUGCCGGAACCUACAUUUUACUAUCGAACAUAUAUGCCAAUUCUCAGAGAUGGGAAGAUGUGACUGAAGUAAGAAAGAGCAUGAAAGCUAGAGGGGUUACUAAAGAACCCGGGUGCAGUUGGAUUGAAGUGAACAAACAGAUUCAUGCUUUUAUCUUGGGAGAUGACUCACAUCCACAAAUAGACGAGAUCAAUAGGCAGCUGAGCUUGUUGAUUGAUAGACUAAUGGCAGUGGGUUACAUUCCUGACACGAAUUUUGUUUUGCAAGAUCUUGAGGGAGAACAGAGGGAAGUUUCACUUCUAUCCCACAGCGAGAAAUUGGCGAUUGUCUUUGGUUUAAUGAGCUUGUCAAAGGGGAAACUUAGGAUCAGGAAAAACCUAAGGAUUUGCGGAGACUGUCAUGUAUUUGCAAAACUUGUAGCGAAGAUUGAGGAGAGAAGUAUUGUGAUAAGAGAUCCCAUCCGGUACCAUCACUUUCAAGACGGAGUGUGCUCGUGUGGGGAUUAUUGGUAGAAGAAGAUGAAGUUUCAUAACUUCGAGAAAUGAUGAACUUCAGUCUUCUCAUUCAUCAUCAAUGCAAGCCCUGAAGCUCUACCUGCAGGUGAAUUGCAAAGUGCUUCUCUCUUUUUAUCAUAUUCGUUUUGUUCAGUUGGGUGGGAAUUCAAACGGUUCAGUUGGGCGCCACGUCAUCAGUUAACAGAAAUUCUAACGGAAAACUUAACGGAUGUAUGAAACUGUCCCAAAAGUAAGACUUGAUGUAUGACUCUGGGAUGAAAAAAAACUUCAUGUACCAAAUGUUGAAAAUCACGAAACUUCAGGAUAGUAAACUGAGAUUAACCCAAAACAUAACAUAUCUAAUGAUGAGAUGGAGAAGUUCCUCGUUCAGAAGGAUUGGAUUCGUCUUUGGUUUAUUGAUCUUGAAGGGAUGGUAAAUGGUGUAGGGAGGUGCGCACUGCGCAUGCCAUUGGGGUUGAUCAUGUGUAAAUCGACGGCACAUUCGACCAAUGCACACGGUGGUUUGUGUGUCCCUUAGUCCUCCAGCGUCGCCAAUGUUCGUACUAAAGAGAUAUAUGAAGAACUUCUCAAAUGCAAUGACUUCUACAUAUUUUGAUCCAAAUAUAAGUUGAUUAAUGUAACAUUGGUUUGGCGUGUCAUAUUUAGGCCCAUAAUAUAUAGAUUUGAAGAGAACAAAAAUUACAAGACUCGUUGAAAGCAAUGAGCCCGGUCAGAAUUUGGCAGCUUAACAUUGUUUAAUUAAUCAA